AUGAGCCCCUCACUCGGCGACAUGGAACCCGCCGAGGCGGAGUCUGUGUAUUUCAGUGAGUACCCGCCGCCAAAGGCACUCCCCAGGCACGAGGCUUUGGCCCGCGCAUUCAUCGACCUUCAUGUCGAAGAAAACCGCCGCGUGGUACUCGUUACCUCCGGUGGAACGACAGUGCCUCUAGAGGCGCAAACAGUUCGCUUCAUCGACAACUUCUCCGCUGGUACUCGCGGAGCCACCUCCGCAGAGUACUUCCUGGAACAGGGGUACGCGGUUCUCUUCUUGCACCGGCAGUAUAGUCUCCUGCCGUAUUCGCGGCACUAUAGCCACUCGACCAACUGUUUCUUGGAUUUCAUGGAUGAAGCGCCGCCCUCGAAUGGCUCAAUGGAUGGCUCGAUCAUCGUGCGCAAUGAGUACCAGAAUCAGAUGCGCGAUGUCUUGCGCAAAUACCGCUAUGCCAAGCAGAAUAACCGUCUGCUUCUUUUGCCUUUCACCACAGUGGCGGAGUACAUGUUCGAACUACGCGCUAUGGCGAAGCUGAUGCGGCCUCUGGGCUAUAAUGCGCUUUUCUACCUCGCGGCUGCCGUGAGUGACUUCUUCAUCCCGCGCAGCCGGAUGGCAGAACAUAAGAUUCAAUCUUCGGAGAUCCCAGCCAAUUUCCGGGAUCAUGCAGUCGCCGGUGAGGAGAUUUACACCGGCGAGAACGAGAACGAGCCUGCAAAGAAUAGCAAGAUGCUGGUUGUCCACCUUGACCCGGUACCGAAAUUCCUGCACAGACUUGUGGACGGCUGGGCCCCUGAUGGGAGUAUGGUUGUCUCAUUUAAACUGGAAACCGACCCUGCGCUGCUGGUCUACAAGGCCCGCACUGCUUUGCAGCGCUACGCACACCAUCUUGUCAUUGGAAACAUGCUCUCGACCCGCAAAUGGGAGGUCGUAUUUAUUACGCCAGAUCCGCCGUACGAGCGAUGGAUCCGAGUACCAAAGUCUCGGCGCAGCAAGAGUAUCUCCGGCGCGGAGGAUCAAGUUGGGCUCGCCGAGAUCAAGAAAGGAGAGGCACGCAAAGUCAAUGAGACGGAUCAGCCUCCUGCGGUGGGCAUCGAGGAAGGCGUUGAGAUUGAGAGCCUGAUCAUUCCGGAAUUGGUGAAGUUGCACGAUGCGAGGAUCGCGGAGAAGAAGGCAGCGGCGCAAUGA